AUGAAAUCAAUACUCUUUUUUGUAUCAGCUUCCGCUGUUAUAUUUAAAUUAUCUUCUACCUCUGAAAGUGUUAAUGGUUGCUUUAGUGGGAUAUGUAGUGGAAAAACAAAACCUGCACUUUGUAAAUCUUAUACUACUUCUGAAGAUAUGCCAAUAGCAUAUUUAAGACAAACGAUAGAGAAAAACAUUCUAUCAGAAGAAUCACGUAAAACAUUUGAUUGGGAAUUAUGGUUGAGGAAACAGGAAAAAGAAAUGAUAGAAGAUUUUGAAAAGGAACAUGCUGCUUUGUUAAAAAACAAAAAUGAAGCAUUUAAUAAUUUUUUGAACAGAUUAGAGGAAAAAUGGUCGCAUUAUAAUCCCAGAAUGCACGAAGAAUAUCAGUCAGAUCUUUAUGAUGUAUGUUCUAACUGGAGUGACGAUGAAUGGAUAGAGUGGUUCAGAACACGUGGAUUAGAUUAUAUAAUAUCAGAUUUUGAAAGUUGGUUCAACGAAAAUAUAAAUGUGUCCGCCUACAAUAAAAUUAUGACAUCCAAAUUGACUAACUGGAGUAAAAGGAAGAAAUGUGAAUGGAAUUCAGAUCCAAAUAGAUAUUACGAAGCGCUUUAUUGGAUACGUUGGAAUGAAAAAGCAUUAUAUGAAGAUCCAGAUAUUAAUAUAAAAGUUUCAGCCUAUUUAUAUUGGGUAAAAAGAAAAAAAAAUGAAAAGAAACAGUGGGACCGUUUAAUUAAGCGUUUUAAAAAAAAAUAUGUAGAUUAUAAAAACUCAGCGUUGACACAGUGGUGCAAAAAAACUACGGGGGCUUAUAAUAAUUGGUUAACAUCCUUUUAUAUAAAUUGGAUAGAAAAUAAAUACUGGAAUUGGUGGAUUAUAGAAAAAAAGAUGAAAUAG